CAGCGACCAAAAAUGGUAUCGGUGGUGACUGAAGACGGCACUCAUCUCAUCAUCAGACAAAAGGAAGCUUGCACAACUUUCUUCUGAGAAGCGUCAGAGAAAUGUCACAGUCUCACAUUUGAGUUGGUGGUGAGUCCUCUUCACACUUGGGCAGUGACGGGCUGAGAGGGUGGACAUGGUGGGAUAUAACAUUAAAAAGACUUUGCGCGCCUUAAUGAAGAAGCGCUGCCUUCUCUUCUUCCUCUCUAUUUUACCACUGUGUCUUUUCAAUGGAUGGCCGAGUGGAUUCCAAGUUAUGAACCAAAACGUGACCAUCCUGUUGUGGUACUGGCCCUUUGGCAGGUCAUUGAGCCUGAAGGAUGACGUGUGCUGGGACCUCUACAGCAUCCCCCACUGCAGAUUGGUGGACCAGCGCUCCUUGUACCCAACAGCUGAUGUGGUGGUGUUCCACAACAGAGAACUGGUAACGGGGAACCAAAAGCUGCCCUUUGACCUUCCACGACCACAAGGCCAGAGGUGGGUCUGGAUGUCCCUGGAGUCCCCUAUUCACAGUGGAAACUUACGGCAGUUUGCAAACAUCUUCAACCUCACCAUGACCUACAGGAGGGAUGCUGAUAUCACUAUUCCCUACGGCGAGUUCCUACCAAAGGAGGCUGAAGGAAGUCUGGUGGAUGACAUUCCUCUGAAUAAGAGCUCUCUGGUCUGUUGGGUGGUCAGCAACUAUAAGAAAAGGCACAAGAGAACCAAAGUCUACAAUGAGCUCAAGACAAUAGUUCCUGUGAUGGUUUAUGGGCGCUGGACAAAGACACCGCUCUCCUCUACAGCCCUCCUACCUACAAUCUCUCGCUGCUAUUUCUAUUUGGCAUUUGAGAACUCGAUUGCCAAAGACUACAUCACAGAGAAGCUGUGGAGGAAUGCUUACGAAGGCGGGGCAGUGCCUGUUGUCCUGGGACCCCCAUUGAAUGAUUACAAAGGUGUGUCACCACCUAAUUCUUUCAUCCACGUUGAUGAGUUUGCGUCAUUAAAGGACUUAGGGAAGUAUCUACAGCAGCUCAUAGAGGACAAGAAACGCUACAGUGAAUAUUUUAAAUGGAAAAAAAAGUGGAGAGUAAAACUUUACACUGACUGGAGGGAGAGAUUGUGUAAGAUAUGCUCACAGUACAGAAGUUUACCCACACAGAAAGUUUACUCAGAUCUAGAGGCUUGGGUUCAUAAUAAGUUUAAUAGUUGCAUAGCUGCAGUUUAAUGCAUUCACUGGUGACUUGAAUUCAACCAUGUUUUUGACACAUU